UUCUAUUGUUUUAUGGCGGUUGGCAAAACUGCAGUUGCUGUUUGUUUGGUUGUAGAUUUCUGACAAGGCGAAUCGUUUAUGCGUUAAAAUUAUAUCACAGUAUUGCAAUUAGACUAGAUCAGGUUAACAUUAAACCCUCGGCAUUGUGUCUGUAUUUACGGCUUUAAAUCCCGUUCUGCUUUAAAGCCCACGGCUUCUUAUAAUGAAAUCAGCAGACGCCAGUCCAUCCUGUGAGCCUCCUGCUGUUACACCUUCACAGGCAGUGAUGCUCCCUGUGAGAAGAGAAGCCCCAGCCCACUGGCUGUGCAAUGUUGUACAGACAAAAACUUCCGUGACUUCAGCUGGAGGGUCAACAAGCUCUGUGGGUCACUUCAGCCCUGAGGACCAACUGAAGGAAGAAUUUCAAAAGAAGGUUAUAAAAGAAGAACCUGAAGUUGAUGACUACCACUCUGGCAAGGCAUCAAGCUGUGUGGGACGUGUCACCUCUGUGGACCAACAGAAUGAAGCAUUUCAUGAGAAGCUUGUAAAAGACGAAUCUAACGACGGAGAUUACUUCUGUGGUGAGACAUCAAGCUGUGUGGGAAAGAAUGAAGGAUUUCAAGAGAAGCUUGUAAAAGACGAACCUGAAGAUGGAGGUUACCUCUGUACUGCAACAAAACACGCUAGGACAUCAAGCUGUGUGGUCCACCUGACCCUUAUAGACCAACAGAUGGAAGGAUUCCAAGAACAACCUUUAAAAAAAGAAGAACCUAAUGAAGAUGACUAUCUCUGUAAGGUGCAGGGAAGAAGCAAGUUUAAUGUUGAGCUUCUGGUGUCUUUAGUGUCUAAACACAGAGAACUUUAUGAUAAACGCCACAGUGACUACAAAAAUGUUGAUAAAAGGGAGUUGUUGUGGCAAGGAAUUGCCGAUCAAAUAGGAUUCGAUGUGGAGGAGGUUAAAGUGAAGUGGAAAAGCUUACGCGAUACAUACACGAGGAAAAAGCGUGAGAAUGAUUGCCGGAGUGGACAGGCUGCUAAAAAAAAGAAGCAGUGGAAGUAUAUGAAGGUGAUGGAGUUCCUCACAACAUCAACUGAAUUUCAAAGUGUUCACAGGAACAUUUCUGAAAACACUAAAGUGGAUGACCAAAAUGAUGCAAGUGAAAGCGAACCAGCAAGCAGUUCUUCAGGAGCAUCCAUCACCAGCCCAGCAGUGAUGAAGUCCAGUGCGAGGAAGAGAAAGCGGUCAGACAUGCUGGACUUCUUGGAGAAUUACCUGUUGUCCAAAGAUGCCAGGAAAAGAGAGAAAGAGGAGCGCAGAGAGCAACGAAGAGAGCAAGAGAGAGAGCUAAAGAAAGAUGACAUUUACUUUUUUGUUCAUGGUUUGGUACCUGCGCUAAAGAGAUUGUCCCCAUCCAAGCUGUCUUCGGUCAAACUCCAAAUACAACAGUUAUUGCACGAUACUGAGUUUGGUCAGUCCUCUUUUUCUCAGUUUUCUCACAAAUCGCCUAUGCCCACCCAUCAAGUCACCCCACAGACCUCUACAAGCUAUGAGCGCUACAACUUUAGAAUCAGGACUUCUGAUGAAACCACUUUGAAGGCUUCUCAUUGAGUACACCCUAUGGGCAAAUUAUUUUGCCACAUUUAUCACAAUUAUUUUGUGGUAAUAGGAUUUUUAAGUGUAUUGUGUGGUAGCUGUUGGUCAAAGAACAACUGACGUUAAAGUUAGAAUAUGCAGAAUUGGAGAAAUGAGCUAAGAUUAAGACUAAGCUAGAUUUUUGAAAACAAACAACUGAAAAUAUUCCACCCCCUACCUUUAGGGCUUCUUUCCAAGCCAAAACUCCAAAACAAAUUAACAUUGCGCUGUCUGAGUACUGCUGCAUCAAGACACCAGGGAAGAUCAAUGAGUGCAUGGGCAGUGUGUGUGCAGGUAGGCAGAUAUAUAUUAAGAGAGACAGGUAGAGGACCAAUCAUGGACAGGGUUUUUAUUGGCCUGUGACUGCCAUAGAUAACGGAAUUUUUUCUUUUCAUUGUCAGAGCACUUGAUUUAUUGAUUGCUGUAACAAUUUAAAGUGAAUCUAAAAGUCUAACACAAAUUCUUCUCGAAUACCUUUGAAUGUACUAGCUUUAAAUGUCAGUUACAUUAAAUACAGACAUAAAGUACAUUUAAGAUAAAGAUACAAUAAAUGGGCUGCAUAGUUGACGAUAUUUGUAACCAAAGCCCUGGUUGAAUCUUUACUGUGAGGUAGUCUGUAAUGAUGAAAAAUGUGAUUAUUGUCAAAGUACCACCAAACGGUGGAAGUUUUUUACGCUGGGAUGGUGGUGGUUAUGGCAGGGUGCUUAACUUUGUAAAAAGACAGGUGCUUCGUGAAGUCCGGUUUACGUAGCAGAUAUUGACUGACAGUGGAUGCAGUGGUAAUGCCACUGGUCUGCAAUCUAAUCCACAUCUGUGAAUGGUAUACCUUAAAACAUAAGAAUAUAGAACUGUAGUAUUAUUAUGAUGAUGAUCAUCAGUGUAAAUUAUGAAUACACGAAAUCUGAAUAAAGAAUCUGGUUACCAAAA